AUGGCAGAAAUGGAAGGAGUGAUAUCAGUGUUCAAGAGCAAGACACUGCGGUUGCACACGACAAGAAGCUGGGAUUUCAUGGGUCUUACAUUGGGCUAUACUGAAGUGACUCCAUUGCAGCUAGCUUAUGGUGAUGACAUAAUUGUUGGGAUCUUCGACACAGGUAUUUGGCCAGAAUCUGACAGUUUCCGGGAAGAGCCUGGCAUGGGACCUGUUCCAAAAUCUUGGAAGGGAAAAUGUAUCGGAGGAGAACAAUUUGACCCUAAAACAGCAUGCAACAGGAAGCUGAUUGGGGCACGAUACUAUCUCAAGGGUUUCGAGUUAGAAUAUGGAUCGUUGAACGCGAGUGGUAACUCAGAAUAUCGAUCAGCUCGAGACUUCCUCGGCCACGGGACUCACACAGCUUCCACAGCAGUUGGAUCCAUUGUAAGAAAUGCAAGUUUCUUAGGUUUUGGGCAAGGUACUGCCCGGGGUGGAGCACCUAGGGCUCGGCUGGCGAUGUACAAAAUAUGUUGGAAUAAACAGUUAGAUGGAAGGUGCACCGAAGCUGAUAUCUUGGCGGCGUUUGACGAUGCAUUGCACGAUGGAGUCGAUGUGAUAUCAGCCUCAUUUGGCGGAACACCACCGUUUGCUCCCUUUUUCGCAUCUAAUGCUGAUAUUGGUUCGUUUCACGCCAUGCAGUUUGGUGUAAGUGUGGUGUUCUCAGCAGGUAAUGAUGGACCAAAUCCAGCAGUGGUGGGAAAUGUUUCGCCAUGGAGCCUCUGUGUGGCUGCUUCCUCUAUUGAUCGAACAUUUCCGACCCGGAUACUAUUGGAUAAUAAGAUCUCUUUCAUGGGUGAAAGCUUAGUUACCAAACAAAUAAACGCAAGACUGGUGGGUGCUAGCACUUAUUUUGUUGGCGGGGUUUGCAAGUCGGAGAAUUGGAAGAAGAGAUCAGCCAUAGGGAGGCUAAUCCUGUGCUUCUCAACCGUUGGAUCUGUAAUGAGCGGUGAAGCCGAAGCAGCGGCGUGGAAGGCCAACGCCUCGGGCUUGAUUUUUGUUGAGCCGUUGACUAGGCAGAUUGCUGAUGUUGAUGUUAUUCCUGUUGUCCGUGUAGACAUCAUUCAAGGGACUAAAAUUGGCCAUUAUCUUGCUCAAUCUUUCAAGUGA